AUGGGACUGGCGUUGUGGCAAUACAUCGUUAUCAUUAUUUCAUCAGAGAUUGUAUUGGUGGCUCUGAUCCUCAUAGCUGUGUGGCAGUACUGCAAGUGGUCAGUACGAAAUGGACACAGACAGAAGGCGGAUGAGAAACCCCCUUUGGUUCCCAUGUCGGACGAAGAAAUGCUGGACGAUCUCUUCUCAAACAAGGCUGUAGUAGAAUAUGGUCAGCCACCCUCAAAUCCGGGCUCGUUCCGCAUCGAUGAUUUCCCCAGACCUAUACGUAAACCAUUAAUGGUCAAACACCUGCCGGCGGUCAGCGAGAACACUGCCGCUAUAGAGAUGAAUACUCUGCCUCCAGCAUACGCCAGUCGAGAAGUGUCCUACGUAUCACUUAACUCGAAAGGUCGUACAUCAUCAACAGAGUCCGUUGCAGGUGAAUCGUCUGAUUGGCUUGAUACACAAAUUCCAGUUCGCGUAUCAGUGACUCCGGUAGACUCGGAUGAAGAUAAGACGGUUCCAAAUGCACGCCCACAGAUGAGAAAGGAAUCGCCACUACCAGAAGUGGAAUCGACCGCAGAUACUACUAGCAACCGAACAACGGACAAAGACAACAUUGACAAAGUGAGCGGACGUGUAAGGUUUGAGACAUUAUGGCUGCCAGGCAAAAGCCGAAAGAACAAAGUAGCCGAUAACUAG